AGAACACUGGCACUCUUGCCUGGUAUUGCUGACAACAACUGGCAUGGAAUCUGCGUUUCCUGGCAGACCGAGGACGGUAGUUUCAAGGUCUACUAUGAGGGGAGACUCAUUCAAGAGGGCGUAGGUUUCAAAACCGGAAUUCAAAUACCUUCAGAUAAGACUUUUACUGCAGGAGUUGGAAGAGAUCAUAAUGAACUGUAUUCAGGUCAGCUGGGGCAUAUAAAUGCGUGGCCUCGGGUCUUGGAGCAUCCUCUCUUAGCUGUGCUGUCAUCUAAAUGUGGAGUAGAACGCGGAGAUUGGGUGUCUUGGCCAAUGUUUAAAGAGGAUGUUCAUGAAAUAAUUGUGAUUGAUGGAGGGACUUGUCCUCGUACGGGUAAUUUAAAUAAUUCCAAAAUAUUUUUACUUAUAAAUACGCUUAAUCGUCAGUUGGGUAUUAGAAGAUUCAUCGCGGUCAAACGAGAGAAAUUUGCUAAAGCUAAGCAAAUAGCUUCAAAGUUAAGGUUGGCACUGGUCUCCGGAAUGAAAAAUAAUCGUAUAUUUAAAGAUACCUUAAACAAGCGAUUGCAAGAAUCGAGUGACAGAAAAUAAAUUAAAUAAGUAAAUAAAUAAAUAAAUAAAUAAAAUAAAUAAACAAUGGACAGAGAGUAAGAAAGGAAAAUACAAAAUACAAAAAAAUAGAAAACAGUUAUAAGAACUUGGUAUUGUAUUUGGUCAAUGGUUAUUGCGUGGUUAUUGUUAAUUUUUUGUUUGUUUAGACUAUGAUUUGCCAGAAGAUCUCUUGGUACACCUUAGUCUUGACGGCAAAGAUGACAGCGAUAAGUUGAUGUAAGUUAUAUUAAUACCUUUUGAUACUGACUUGGGCAAAUUUUCUCAUGUAAAAAGAAUUUUCUGUUUUUAGGUUUUCUCUUAUACGUUCGUGAUAAUCCUUGUUGGUAUGCUUAACCUCCAUGUUUACCCCUUUUCAUUUCUAGAAGUAGCCAGAGUCCGGACAAAUUCGACAAAGUUUUUAAAUUUUGUUAUGUAAAAUGCUGAAAAACAAAUAUUACCAAGUGAAAGACAAGUUCUGCUGAAGAGGUUUCAUUCGAAUGGUAACCCCAUAAAUUUCAUCUGCAGACCCAAACGUUUGCACCACCUUAUUGUAAGACUAUAUCUUUCACCCUGGGAAUGAAAAGUGCCAUUAGUAUAUUUUUCAAUCAUCUUAAAAGAAAUUAUGCCUUCCCCAUAUGGGAUCGAAACCAAUUUUUCACCACUUUAUUGUGGUCUUAGGUUGAAGUUUGACAUGAUCUAGGUUAAAAAAUAGGUUUUGGUGAAUAUUACCAUGAAAACGAUAUCCGAAAAUUCGAAAUCAAGAUCUUAGACGAGAAUGUUGUAGCCUGUGAACGGCAGACGUUUCUCCUCGCUCUUCGCAGCUGAGGGACGUUUCGCGAAACGUCCCUCGGCGGCGAUGAGCGAGGAGAAACGCCUGCCUUUCGCAGGCUAAGAAUGUUGUUUAGCGAAUUCAAUCUGCAUGGAUGAAAAUUGAAUUUAAAAGUGGUAUUCCAAUAAUACUUUAUAGAAACAACUAAAACGGGUACUUUGAAAUCACAUUUAACUCUUGUAUGACUAAUGCAAUGGUACUUUGCCUUACUUUUAGCCUGAAAUACAGCGCUAGUUUCUUGGAAGGCCGUCUUGAUGGACACAACUCGCUUUACUUGGAUGAAACUCGAGCUUAUGCGACAGCUGACAAUAUUACCCUCGGUUCUUCCUUCACCAUUGCCUGCUGGAUAGAACUAGUUCCUUCUGACCCACACCAUAGGGGAAUAGUUCAAAAUGAUCUACAGAUUCCAGGAUUUAUUUUCGGCGUUAAUACUAACAACCAGUUGCAGUUAGCUUAUUGGGUUUCGAACGCGUUGUAUAUUUAUACCGCGGGUAAAGUCGUAGAANUUUUUAGGUUUUCUCUUAUACGUUCGUGAUAAUCCUUGUUGGUAUGCUUAACCUCCAUGUUUACCCCUUUUCAUUUCUAGAAGUAGCCAGAGUCCGGACAAAUUCGACAAAAUUUUUAAAUUUUGUUAUGUAAAAUGCUGAAAAACAAAUAUUACCAAGUGAAAGACAAGUUCUGCUGAAGAGGUUUCAUUCGAAUGGUAACCCCAUAAAUUUCAUCUGCAGACCCAAACGUUUGCACCACCUUAUUGUAAGACUAUCUUUCACCCUGGGAAUGAAAAGUGCCAUUCGUAUAUUUUUCAAUCAUCUUAAAAGAAAUUAUGCCUUCCCCAUAUGGGAUCGAAACCAAUUUUUCACCACUUUAUUGUGGUCUUAGGUUGAAGUUUGACAUGAUCUAGGUUAAAAAAUAGGUUUUGGUGGAUAUUACCAUGAAAACGAUAUCCGAAAAUUCGAAAUCAAGAUCUUAGACGAGAAUGUUGUAGCCUGUGAACGGCAGACGUUUCUCCUCGCUCUUCGCAGCUGAGGGACGUUUCGCGAAACGUCCCUCGGCGGCGAUGAGCGAGGAGAAACGCCUGCCUUUCGCAGGCUAAGAAUGUUGUUUAGCGAAUUCAAUCUGCAUGGAUGAAAAUUGAAUUUAAAAGUGGUAUUCCAAUAAUACUUUAUAGAAACAACUAAAACGGGUACUUUGAAAUCACAGUUAACUGUUGUAUGACUAAUGCAAUGGUACUUUGCCUUACUUUUAGCCUGAAAUACAGCGCUAGUUUCUUGGAAGGCCGUCUUGAUGGACACAACUCACUUUACUUGGAUGAAACUCGAGCUUAUGCGACAGCUGACAAUAUUACCCUCGGUUCUUCCUUCACCAUUGCUUGCUGGAUAGAACUAGUUCCUUCUGACCCACACCAUAGGGGAAUAGUUCAAAAUGAUCUACAGAUUCCUGGAUUUAUUUUCGGCGUUAAUACUAACAACCAGUUGCAGUUAGCUUAUUGGGUUUCGAACGCGUUGUAUAUUUAUACCGCGGGUAAAGUCGUAGAAAGACAAUGGGUCCACGUGGCUGUGUCGUUUGUCCGAAACACGGAACUUUUCUUUUUUAUUAAUGGAUUUAAAAUCGUCCCCACGGGGAAUAGCAGUUAUCCUUGGGAAAACACAACGGGGUUGUUAGAAAUUGGCAGGUACUACGACCCUGAUCAAAACAAGCAUUUUUUCUUUCACGGAUAUCUCAGCGAUCUGUUUAUAUUUGGAAGGAGUCUGGGUGCCGAGGAUAUCGGAAAACUUAUGGGUAAGAACAAAUGUCGUCGUCAUCUUUGUUGUUUUCGUUUUUGUUUCUUUGUUUUUACACAGGUAGCCCAAGCUCGAAAUAUGAGCAUCGGCGAACAUCUGCAUUGUUGCGUAACAUUCAAAAUAUAAGGAUUUGUAUGGGAAAAAAACCUAUCGUUUCUGUAACCUACGAAAUUGAAAGGAUUUUAACAAAAAAAUGCUUACCUUACUUAAAAUGUGUGUUGCGUCUCUCCUGUGUGGUCCACGGGCCGAUUUAUGGCCGUUUUAUGGGUUUUUAUGUAAACGGUUUUCUCUCUAUAUAAAGGUUUGGAUCUUGUUUACUGUGGGUAAUGUCGACCGAGAUAUCGGUCGAUAUAGCGGUCGAUAUUGAAAUCCUUUCAUUUUUGUAGGUUACUGAAACGAUAGGUUUUUUUCCCAUACAAAUCCUUAUAUUUCGAAUGUUACGCAACAAUGCCGAUCGAUGUUCGCCUAUGCUCAGAUUUCGAGCUUGGGCUACCUGUGGUUUUUGUUGACUAUUAACCUAUGUAAACGGAGAAGACCAGAUAAUUUUCAUGCCUUUACAUGCGAUCUUAAAGAAAUCCAUGAAAACUCUCUGUAAAACGCUUUCAAAGUUCCAUCAACUUUUAGAUAUAUCCAUGUGUCAUCUUGUUAGUACAAAAACUCUUAUUUUUUCUGAUGCUUCAGUCUAUACCGUACAACAGUGUAACAUUCAUUGUCCUUUUAUGGAUCCCUAAAAACUUUUCUUUUUUCCUCCUUUUAAUUCGUUGUUGUUGUUUUAAUGUCUUAGGCCGGUCGCCAUCUUGUACCUACACGGAUUGGACUUGGUCUCGUGUAUCACCCCUAGAAACGCCAACAAAUAAGUACCGAGAAAUGUCAUGCCGGGGGAUUGGUCAGUGCACACAAACGACUCCCUGGCUACCAGGUAUUCUUGAAAUAUUUUCUCGAAAAAAUAAAUAAAUCUCUAAACCAAUCUGCGAUGGUUAGAAAUCCUCAAAAAGACUCUUUCUGUUGUUUGAUGUUUUUUAGAAAAUAUAAUCGACAAAAUGGAAGAAUGAAUUUAUGUUCAUUUGCGCCCGUCUGAUUGCCGUAGCAGCUCGCGGCUUUAGCCAAAAAAUACAAAUUAUCAGACUUGAUAAAUAUUUAUGAAUCGCUUCUGUGAUUUUUGAAUAUUGAAUACUGAUUACCAAGGUAUGUAUAUCACACUAAACGGUUUUUCAACGAUAACAGGUACAACGAACUAAAAGUUAAAAGCUGGGAUUUUCUCUCCCACUUCCAGGUGUUUGGAUAUCAGAUGAAUUACUGUGUCAUGUUUGAUAAAAAGUAUCGCUGAAGCCUGUUGGCUUCAGCUUAUUUAGUCAUUAGGGAGCUUUAGCAAAGACGACGGUGACGGUAACGCCAACGAGAACGUCAAAAAAGCAAUAGGUUUGUUAAGCAAAAGAACAAGUUUGCACGUGCAUCACGCUUCUUUGAACAUUUCUUUGCUGUCACUGCACGACUACGACGUGAAAAUGCCUAAUUUCGCGUUUAUGGAGGACGUAAACAAGGGAAGACGAAACUUUCUCUCUUUAGUUUGUAAAUUGAGUGCGGUACCCAAGAAAUCAACUCCAGAGAAAUUCGACGGCAUUUGACAUUUUCUACGCAUUGGAAUAAACGCUACAAAGUUUGAAGAAACACAAAUUCAUUUUAAAAGUGGCUUUUUCGCUGCUGUCGCCGUUGUCGAUGCUAAAGCUCUCUAUUUUCGUCCAAGGUGACUGCAGGGAAUUGCUUUUAACUGGAAACAGAGCUAGUGGAGUCUACACAAUAAAUCCUCUAAAUGAGGUAAAAUUUCAAGUGUUCUGCGAUCACGACACGCAUGGCGGAGGUUGGACAGUGAUCCAGAGAAGAGGAGGAAACGAUGUCACAAAUUUUAAGAAGAGUUGGAGUGAAUAUAAAGCAGGUACAUUUUUGUUGUAUGGCCUAACAGUGCGCGCUCUUAUUGGUUAAAUCGAGUUCACAUGACAAUUAACAGAAAGUUUUCUGAGCGGGCAAUAUUGCAAAAUCUAUGGCCUAAGAGAGUAAACGUGCAAUGUCACUCAUGAAUUUUAACCGCUCUCUUAGUUUUACGUUCAUAAAGUCUUCUUCUCUGGCUGUAUAACAAACCACUUACUUUUUCCCCUCCUUGGAUCCCAGUGUCUCCUUCGGCUCCAUCUCGGAAAACAUUGAAAACAAGCCCCGUAUUUUCUGGGCAAAUGUCAUAUGAACCUAAUUUGAUGGCCUUGGAUACCUUGAGUCUCCUCAGUUGUAAAGCAUCUCAUCAAGUAACCAGAUGGUUCCUGAAUCACAUGCGUCACUCACUGGACAAACGCCAUUUUCAUAUAUUAACGAGGCUUGUCAUUCACCAUUACAUUUGUUUAAGGACAGCGAAGCAUAAAUAGGGGUAUUGUAAGUAAUUUGACAUAAGGAGACGAAUCGUAAGUAGUCGCCUAACCCCCCCGCCAACCUCCGGGUAGAGAUAGUUUGGAUUGCACAGGUGAUUAAAGGUUUAGGAAAAACUGUUUAAGACAGUCAAAGGCAAUUUUUCAGAGAUCCUGGCUGGUUAGGAAGGUGCUACGAAUCCCAUUCAUUCGUUGAACUUUAUUCAAGACAGUUAUCGUAGCUAGUUUAUUCCAUUCUGCAAAAUCAGUUUUUGUUGUUGAUGUUUUCGUCGUUCUCUCAGGUUUUGGCGAAGUAAACAACCAAUCAGAGACGUGGCUAGGUAAUGACAAUAUCUACGCCUUGACAAGCAAGAACACAGAACUCUUGAUUCAACUGGAAAUCUCUGAUGGAAGCAAAGGCUAUGCUAUUUACAGUAACUUCCAUGUCGCAGACGAAGGUGCUCUUUACAAGUUGUCGCUGGGAGAGUUUUCUGGAAAUAUUCCAAACGGUUUCGAUUCACAUAACGGUUCUAGCUUUGCAACUCCAGAUGAAGACAGUUGCGCACUAUCGCAAAAUGGUGGGUGGUGGUUUACGACGGCAUGUGGUGAGAACGCUUCGCUUAACAGUGCGUCAAUAAAGUGGGUUGGCUUUCCUUCGCAACCAUUGCAGAGUAUCAUCAAGACUGAAAUGAAAAUAAGAAGAACAGAUGGUAAGAGAAAUCCCAGAGACGUUUAAAAGAUCUCUAACUUUAGGAGUGUGAUCAAAAUCCUUUGGAGUGAACGUUCGAAUGAAAGCUCCUGAGCAGUACUUUCCACUGGUACUGUUCAUAUUUACUAUGUUAUUACUUUUGAGUCUGUGUGUGAAAUCCUAUGGUAUGACCAUUCAAACGAAAGUUAUUUAGCAGUGCUUUCUGUGAUACUGUUUAUUGUGCUGUACAAGGUGGUUCUAACUUUUGAGUCUGUGGAUGAAAUCCUAUGAUGUGACCAUUCAAUUGAAAGCUACUCACUGAGAGCAGUACUUUCCAGACUUUCCAGUGUUACUGUUGUUUAUGCUGCACAAGGUGGUUCUAACGUUUGGAACUGUAAUGUGUUCUCAUUUUAAUAAAAGCUUCUUUAAACUAAAAAGCACUAAUUUUCCCAGGGAACUGUUGGACAGACAGCGUCAGCGUCUGGAAUUUGUAAUCGUAAGGACGAGGGCUCGAGUUCUACUCUGUCUGCCGUUUCUGUCUCUCCGUCUGGCUCCCUCUUGCCAGUUUAUCCUGUUAUUUUCUCUGUCUGUGUAUUUUCUGCUUUAAGAAAUUUUAGUAAGGUGCCUGUAGACUAGCUAAAGAAGCUAAGUUCACUUCUAACAGAAAUCAAGAUUUACUUUUACUAAUUGAUAUCGUCACAUCUGCCCGUUUUUCAUCAGGUUUUUCCGGCGACUUUGACCUAAAGUUUCCACCACGUUCGACUGGUUAUGUGUACUGGGAAAACAUCUUAACUGACUUCGCUGCUUUCUCCGUGUGUCUCUGGCUUAGAUUUCAACUGCCAUCACAUGGAAACGGGAUGAGCUUUCUUCGAUACAUUGCUGCAAACGGACAUUUCUUCAGCAUACACUACGAUAGCAAUGUAGUGGAGCUGCAGCUUGUUCAACCUGGGUAA